AUGCAUCUUUGUGAGUCGAAAAGAGAGAGGUUAAGGAAGGAAAAACAUGUCCUGAGAAAAAGAAUGGGAAGUUGUGUUGUUGCUAAUAUCAAGUUAAAACAAAUAGAGGAUGAGUCGAAGAAGUCGCUGCAACACCGACGAAAACUACUGCGUGCAAAACAUCCAACAUUAUCAAAAUCUCGUCGGAGCAGCAACACCAUCCAGGCAGCCGCUACAAAUCACAACACAACAACAACCGCAACUUCGAUGCAAUCUCAAUUGUGCAUCCGACACACUCAACCGCGAAUCACGACUCCCUCCAACUCACGUUCCCUCCACUUUGCGACGCAACCUCUGGUCUCUGACAGCAACUGCCAGCCACUCUAUAAUGCACCUACACAUCUGACGCCGCCACUACGGGUCUCCGAUUUGGUAAUUUUGUUCUACUUCCAUGAUUUGAUUUUAAUGUUGGUUUAUCUUUGA